AUGGACGUUGCAAUGCUUGAGUUCAGAGGCAAAGAACACGACGACAUGGAGACCUUCCGCAAUGAAGUAGAGAUCAUGCGGCUGAUUGGGAAUCAUCCGCACUUGGCAAAGUUUUACUGCCCGACCCAGUUGAGAAACGGUCACUAUGCCUUAGUGAUGGAGUAUGCUCCGGAAGGUUCUCUAGACAAUCUCCUUCAGAAAGCUCAGCAGAGCAGCAAGGCUGUCAGCGACGAGGUGCUACUGCAGGUCGGCAAGCAGGUGUGCGACGGGAUGAUGCAGCUGUCAGUGUACAACGUAGUCCACGGGGACCUCGCCUGCCGCAACAUCCUGGUGUUCAGCUUUGACUACUACGACAGGAAGCUCAUUCGAGUCAAGAUCUCAGACUUUGGACUUUCUUUGCGAUUGACCGCCGCGGCCCCGGCCAGCCUCAGCCGUGAAAGCCGUUAUGGCGAGUUGACUGGUGGGCCUCUGCGAUGGAUGGCUCCAGAGGUGAUGACGAGGAGGGAGUUCUCAGAGAAGAGCGACAUCUGGUCCUACGGCGUCACCCUGUGGGAGCUGUGGACUAACUGCUCUGUCGUGCCGUACGCGUCCGUCACAGAGGACGAGGAGCUGAGACGAAAGAUCAUCCUGGGCCACUUGCUCGAGAAGCCGGAGUGCUGCAACCCGAGAUUCUACGAGAUCAUGCAGGCAUGUUGGAGACCAGACCCGUCCGAGCGACCGAGUUUCACGCAGGUGAAGGAGCAGGUUGAAGAUGCUUUCCUGAUGUUGCACUCCAAAGCCCCUGCAGACACCAACAAGGGGGGCGAGUGUCAGAUCUGCCUGUCUGACCAGGUCGAUUACGCUAUCUUGCCUUGCGGCCACAAGUGCCUCUGCUCUGAGUGCAGGAGCGUUGUAGGGACACAGUGCCCUCUGUGCCGCAGGGACAUCCGGGAGAUCGUCCGAAUCUUCGACUGA